AUGAAUAUGCCACCGCCUCACGGUCUGGGUGCUGGUCACCCGGGACAUCCAGGUCACCCAGGGAUGGGCGCAUCCUCGUCUCCUUCUCCUGGCAUGGCGAACCGUCCUCAUCCACAUGCUCAGCAGUUCAUCCCUCCUCAGCAGCAGCACUAUAUGGACUCGCCCACUCCUGCUUCCACCCGAGGCCGCAAGCGUAAGCUCACCGCGCAAUAUCCGCACCAGCAGCACCUCCCUCAUCCGCAACAGCAACACUUGGCCCGCCGUCCAUCGAUGCACAACCCUCACCACCCGCAUCCACAGCAGCAGCUGCAGCAGCAGCAUCCCGCUGGUCCUCAUGGCUUCCCGGGUCGGCCACCAAUGCCGCCUUUUCUCGGUCUCAACCUGCCGCCUACCAUUGCCGACGAGAUGCCCGAAUCCAUCUUUGACGAUCUGGAUCGAUUGACUCCUAGAGACAUCGCCGUCGCUAGAUACGCAAAGAACCACGAACUACUGAGCAUGGUGUUUGACGCAAGAAGGAUCGACACGCUCACUCCGGCUCCGUCGCCGUAUGCACAAGUCAAGGCCGAGGAUCUUCAGGCGAAAGCACAGUCGAUUCAGCAGGAGUUGGAAACCUUGGGUGAGGAACACUCGCUCAAGUUGAAGCAGUUGCAAGAGACGGCGAGCGCCAGUGACGCGAGGAAGGCUGCAAGCAGUGCUGAAGAGCAGGUCGACGUGCCAGCUUGGAGCGAGAACGCGUCGAGGGGCAAGAUUUUGGGUGUUGGAUAUGUGCGUGCCGAGACGCCCGAGGAACUGAGACCUCCCAAGCCUGCGCCAGAGUCGACUGGUGCCGCUGAUGCUGCGGAUGAGCAGAUGGAGCCAGCUUCCAGUACCGAUGCAGCUCAGGAGAUUGCAGCCAAAGAGGCGGAGCGCAGACAAGCCGAGAAGGAGGCCAUCGAGAAACUCAACAUUGACCUUGGUGUCACGCCCGUCAAACCUGAAGUUGCUGCGGCACCUGCACCAGCACCAGUACCGGCUCCUGCAGCACCAGAGACGUCGACACCUCCUGCAGCUGCUACAUCCGCCGACGCCUCAGCUGCUGAGGGUGCACCGAGCGCAUCUGCCGCCGUACCUGCUGCGGUCGCAGCGGAGCCAGCUACAGCUAGCGCUGAUCAGGCAAGCGCCUCGGAGGUCGAGGCACCAGUAGCUGCCGCUGAGGAGCCACCCACUGCUCCUGUUCUCGCUCCAGCAGAGCUUCCAGCCGAAGCAUCCUCCACUGAUGUCGCCGCCGCUGCUGCCCCCAUCGAGGAACCGAUCUCCGCCGAGGCCGAGGCCGUCGCAGAAGCAGCGCCUACCACUGAUGCAAACACGACCGAUACAGAUCUCGCCACAACCGAGCCAGCUGCUGAAUUCGCCGCCGCUGAAGCCACUGAAGCCACCGAUGCCGCCAGCGCAGCAGUUGAAGCCGUCGCAUCGCAACCCGAAACCCUCGACGACGUGGCCAUGCUCGACCAGCCCGUCGCUGAACCGGAAAGUGCGGUACCGCCUCUGGAGUCUGCCACUGACGCUGCAGCCGCCGAGAUCUCUGCAUUGGAUGCAGAGACAGCCGAGCAGGUGGUUGCCGCUGUUGCAGAGGCUGCUCCGGACGCGGUAGUCCCUGCGGAGGGCGAAGCUGUUGCGGAGACUGCUGCGGGAGUUGAUGAAGCUUGA